UAUAACCUGCUCUCCCUUUCACACUUCACUUCAGGAGCUCAAUCUCUCUCAAAAAUGGCGAGGAUGUUCCCUAGUUUUCUAUCGCUGACUGUCCUCCUCUCUCUCUCCGUCGCCAUCGCCUCCGCGCACGUGUUCUUCGAAGAACGUUUUGACGAUGGAUGGGAGACUCGUUGGGUUAAAUCAGAUUGGAAGAAAGAUGAUAACAUGGCAGGAGAGUGGAACUACACCGCUGGGAAAUGGCCCGGUGACCCCAAUGACAAAGGCAUUCAAACAAGUGAGGACUACAGAUUCUAUGCAAUUUCAGCUGAGUUCCCUGAAUUCAGCAACAAGGAUAAGACACUUGUCUUCCAAUUUUCUGUCAAGCACGAACAGAAACUUGAUUGCGGUGGUGGCUACAUGAAGUUGCUUAGUGGUGAUGUUGAUCAAAAAAAAUUUGGUGGUGAUACCCCUUACAGUAUCAUGUUUGGACCAGAUAUUUGUGGAUACAGCACCAAGAAAGUGCAUGCCAUUCUAAACUACAAUAAUGCAAACCACUUGAUCAAGAAGGAAGUUCCAUGUGAAACUGAUCAACUUACUCAUGUUUAUACAUUUAUCCUCCAUCCAGAUGCUACCUACAGCAUUCUUAUUGAUAAUGUGGAGAAACAAACUGGCAGCUUGUACUCUGAUUGGAAUCUUCUCCCUCCAAAGAAGAUCAAGGAUCCAGAGGCGAAGAAGCCUGCAGAUUGGGAUGACAAAGAAUAUAUUCCAGAUCCCGAAGACAAGAAGCCAGAGGGUUAUGAUGACAUUCCAAAGGAGAUAACAGAUCCUGAUGCCAAGAAGCCUGAGGAUUGGGAUGAUGAGGAAGAUGGUGAAUGGACAGCCCCAACCAUUCCCAAUCCUGAGUACAAGGGUGAAUGGCAACCAAAGAAAAUCAAGAACCCUAACUACAAGGGGAAGUGGAAAGCACCAAUGAUUGACAACCCAGAGUUCAAGGAUGACCCAGAUGUUUAUGUGUAUCCCAAGUUGAGAUAUGUUGGCAUUGAGCUGUGGCAGGUGAAAUCUGGAACAAUGUUUAACAAUGUUUUGGUGUGUGAUGACCCCGAGUAUGCCAAAAAUCUGGCUGAAGAAACUUGGGGAAAACAUAAGGAUGCUGAGAAGGCAGCUUUUGAAGAGGCUGACAAGAAGAAAGAGGAGGAGGAGUCAAAGGAGGCAACUGAUUCCGAUGUUGAGGAUGAAGACGAAGGUGAUGAUGAAGAUGAUUCUGCCUUUGAAAAGAAAUCUGAGUCGGAUUCAAGCGACAAGAAGGAUGAGGAAGUACAUGAUGAGCUGUAAGCUGAGAACUACAAGGAUUAUCUGAUAAGAUUAGUUUGGAGAUAAGGCUUGGGCAUCAAGUAGCUGCAAAUUUUUUUUCUUCUUUCUUAUUUUCAGCUGUAGGGACUGUUUUUUUAUGCCUUGUUAACAUUAGAAAAGGGAAUGAGCUUGUAGGUUGCAUUGUUAAGUAGUGUGACCUUAUAGCUUUAAUAUCAUAAUUUUAACUGAGCCUUUUUUAGGACAAAGAGGAUAUUGCCUUUUUUAUGAAGUAGUGAGCCACAAUAUUAUAUGAUGCAUGCCCUUGAUUACUUGUUCAAUUUUAUUUGUUUGAAAAAAAUUCAGUUUGAAUUUGGCUUAA